GGUGCCGCUCACACACAUACACACACAUAGCCCGCCCGCCCUCCCUCCCUCCCACGUUGGGGCAAGCAAGUCCGCCUCACUCACUCCAUCAACGGGACGUCACAGGUUGUUUUUUUGCCGUGACUGAGAAAAGUGGAGCGGCGAGGGAGGGAGAGAAGGAGGGUAAAAAUCAGCCCGUUCCGAUGUGUGCGUGUGUGUGUUUUUUUGUUUUUAAACGGGGCAGCCAGGGAAGAUGUUUACGCAGCCGAAACCUUUGAGGUAAAGCGAUAGCCGGAGUAAUUGUGAGGCGGCAGGGUUUCCUUCCAUCAGGGGGCAGCCGGUACAAUGGCGAGCUCGCCCAAUUAUUACCACCAGGAGCAUUUACUACUACGCCGACACCACAACAACAGAGGGGACAAUGAAAACAACAGACGCGCCGCCGGAGACGCGGCUGCCAGGAGAAGGACGGUGACAACAACAACAUCAACAACGACGACGACGGCCACAACGACGACGGCGACAGCAACAACAACAAACUCGCCUUCGUUACCGUUACCGCCACCGUCGUCGCAGCAGCCGGCGUCAACGGUAAGGGGUGGACAAGCGGCGGAGUGGGCACACGGCGAGAAGGAGAAGCGCGACGGCGGGGCCGGCGGCAGCAGCGGCAGCAACAACAGCAGCAGCAGCAGCAACAACAGCGGCGGCGGCGGCGGCGGCUCGCCAACGGUUCGGCUCGAGCCCGCCACACAAGCGCCAACGCCGCGCGACACGGCAGCGGCUUCUUGCAAUGCGCGCGAGGCGCUGGCGGCCAACGGCAGCCGCAGCGCGUGGGAGCCGGUCACCCCCUCGGCGGCGCGAGCCUCGGCCACCGCCACCGCCUCCACUUCGACCACCAUGGACGUCUACGAGGACGUGAGGAAAUACGGCUACAUGAGGAAGCAGAAGCACGGCCACAAGCGCUUCUUCGUGCUCAAGGGCCAGAGCCACCUGGGUCCGGCCAGGCUGGAGUACUACGACAGCGAAAAGAAAUGGAGAAACCGGUCGACCGCACCGAAGAGGGUCAUCCCCCUCUAUCAGUGCUUCACGGUCAGUCGGAGAGCAGACGCCAAAAACAAGUACCUGGUGGCCCUGUACACGAAGGAUGAAUACUUUGCCAUGGUGGCAGAUAACGACCAAGAGCAAGAGAGCUGGUACUUGGCCAUAAGUGAACUAAUGAAUGAGGGGAAGAAGAUAGUUUUGGAGCCUGAUGAAGUGGAGGAAAACUAUGGUAAUUUUACCCCUGGCACUGCCUUCAGAGAAGUGUGGCAGAUUAACGUGAAGCCAAAAGGGUUAGGGCAAACCAAGAACCUGACGGGGGUGUACAGAUUGUGUCUUUCCAGCAAGAUGAUCCACUUUGUUAAAAUCAAUUCUGACGUGCCUUCUGUGCAUUUGCAAUUGAUGAAUAUCAGGAGGUGUGGCCACUCUGAGAACUUUUUCUUUAUUGAGGUUGGGCGUUCUGCAUCUAUUGGCCCUGGUGAGUUGUGGAUGCAGGUAGAUGACUCAGUGGUAGCUCAAAACAUGCACGAAACCAUUUUGGAGACAAUGAGAGCUUUGAAAGCUUUCACUGAGUUUCGUCCCAGAAGUAAAAGCCAAUCAUCUGGGACUAAUCCCAUAUCGUUUCUGACUCGACGACAUCUUGGUAAUUUACCGCCGAGUCAGACUGGAUUGCAAAGGCGUUCGAGGACAGAGAGUGUGACUGGAGUAUCUGUAUCCAAGAAUGAAGCAUAUCGUUUUCGAACAUCUAGCGAAGGUGAAGGUACGAUGACAAGGCCCUUUGGGUCUGUUACUGGAAGUUUAAUCCACUUGAAUUCAGCAAGAAUGGGUUUAAGUAGAGGUGAUGGCGGUGGUCGGUAUGUAAAGCCGCCAUUUGGCCCCUCAAACCAUAGUAGGUCAGUAUCUCUGCCCGUGACAUAUCUACCAUCUACCACAAGCCCCGUAAGUGUAUCUUCCAGCAGUGGGCAUGGUUCGGUAUCUGACCCCCUUACACGUCCAUCGAGUUCAUCCAUUUGUGGUUCCCCAAGUGAUGGUGGAUUUAUUUCCUCUGACGAAUAUGGAUCUAGUCCUGGGGACUUCAGGUACUUCCGUGUUCGGAGCAAUACACCAGAUUCACUUGGUAAUACACCACCGAUUCAAGAAGAAAAUUGUUUGUGUGAUUAUAUCUCAAUGGACAGACAUAUUAAUGCUGUCAAUCCUGAAAGCCGAACAAGAGAUGACUACAUGGUUGCUGAGAAAGGAUACAGGAAGAGGACCCACUCUCUAACCACCCCUGGUGCCGUGAUAAUGCAUCAAAAGACUACACAGACAACUUCAUCUUUGGAAGAAUCUAAUGUUGAUUCAAACUGUGGGGGUAUUGGUAGCCAGCUGCCAAGUUCUGCAUCACCAAAGCUGACCUGUCAUCCUUGCCAUGAAGAUUACAGCGAUCUUGAGAUUGGGUCAUCAGUUACUCAAAGCCAAAGUAGACCAAAAGAUGAUGGUUAUAUGCCAAUGAUGCCUGGCGCUGCAUCUACCAACCAUAAUAGAAAUCAUGAUUAUAUGCCAAUGAAUCUUAGAAGCAUUUCUGCUCCAAAACAAAUUAGUUCUUUGCCGGCAAGUCAAACAGACUCGAGGGGAUACAUGGUGAUGUCUCCAAAUGAUAUCAGCUCAACGGUGCAAAGCGUGUUUACAGAAUAUAAUUCUAAACUAUUAAGCAGCAACAAUGAAAAAAUAUCAAAUAAUGAAUAUAUGGACAUGUCACAAAGAAAUCUAAAUACACAGAAAUUAUCUAGUGAUGCUUUCUAUAAUCAGAAUAGCCCUGAAUCUCAAAAGUCUUACAGCUCGUAUUAUUCACUGCCUCGAUCAUUCAAAACUCCUGCACAAGAAAAUGGUGAGGAUGAUGAUUACGUUCCUAUGUGUUCACCAGGAAGGUUAAUGUAUGAGGAGACUUCAUUAUUUACUGGCAGUAUUACCAAUAGCGGUUUAGUUCAUGAAACAUCUCAUUCUCCAAGGACACUUAACAAAGAUGACCGUGUCCUACAGAAAAGCCGGGUUGAAAGACCGACAAGAUUAUCACUGGGCACGUCAGAAGUAAGCAGUUUACCAAGACUGUUUGAGCAGAGUUUGCCGCCUGAGCCAAAAAGUCCAGGAGAAUACAUUAACAUUGCUUUCAGUGAGAAGACUAGUAAUACACCAUACUCACUUUCAGCAGAAGGAUCCCCUUCUUCUCUUGGCUCCAGCAGUGAACACAGACGUUCUCCAAUGUCAGACUACAUGAGUGUAGAUUUAGAUGUGCAGUCACCAAAACCAGUUAUUCUUUCCUCAAUUCCUUUGACUGGUAUGCCCAUUGGUUCAGGUCUAAGUGUAACUAGAAGCCAGCCAAAUGAUGCCUACAUCAGUGUUCCUCUCAGUGCUGCUUGUGUCAACACACCUGCGGAAGUAGAUGAUUACACAGAAAUGACUUUUAAUUUGGCAGUUACAGCCACUCAUCCUGCUACGCCAAAGCCUGACACUGCUGAGGUGACUAGUCCUACUGCCAUUGUAAAGAGACUGUGUAUUAUUGAGCAGUAUACUGGUAUGAAUACCUUCCCUGUCCUUAAUCCUCUCCCUGAUGCCAAUCAUGGCCCAAAGGUGAUCCGUGCAGACCCACAGGGAAGAAGGCGCCACAGUUCAGAGACAUUCUCCUCUACUCCCACAGUGGCAUCCUCAUCUACGUUUUUUGCUGAUGGGAGUAAAAGGCAUAGCUCUGCUUCAUUUGAUAAUGUUUGUCUUAAACAAAAUGACUGCGUCAGUGAUGAGCACAGAAGUACCAUGUGCAGAAAUACAUCUGCAGGAUUUCAGAAUGGAUUGAACUAUAUUGCUUUGGAUUUGAGGGAGGAUCAUGGAUGUUCUGAAUCAAAUAGAGGUGGGCAGACUCCAGAUCGACCCCACGUCACCAACAGAAUAGAGUCUCAAGGUUAUGCCAGCAUAGAUUUCACCAAACCUGACGGGAUGAAAUAUACCUCCACAUCUGAAGAUUAAGUACACCAACAUGAUUUAAAUCCAUGUCAACGGAUGAAAAGGUUGAAUGUACCUUUUCCCAGAGUACCUACCAUGCAAAUUGUACAGCCGACUAGAUGGAACUGGUACUGUCUGAAACAGUCACAUUUUGCAAGAAUACCUGCUAUCUUCUCAUGAACAAAAUUGGGAUAUGUCAACAUAUGAAUCUCAACAGGACAACAAAUUGCUGCCUUUUGGUACUUCCUUCAACAAAAAAGACACUCUUCCUUCAAGUUUCAACUGAGCAAAAAAAGAAAAAAAAGAGCCAUAAUUAAUGUGAAUCUAUCUACUGAAACUUUUUAAAUCCAUUUGAAUGUUAACAAAAUAGUUAAAUUUUCACCAUUUUUGCAAAACAUUUCACAGAUACAUAAAAAAAAAACUUUUUGUUAGUGUUUUCCCAAUUCAGGCACUAUUGGGCUUUCUUUAAAUAGUGCCAUGUGAAGUUUCAAAAAUAUAUCAAAAGUGAAUUGUAAGCAACAUUGCAAUUGUUUGUGGAGCAUCAUGCAUGUUCUGUGGGAUAUUUAAGUAUAUUCUGUUUUACUAUGCACCCAGAUAUUUUUUUUUCGAAGGGUAGCAAUUUUGGGAAAAUAACACUUACAAAGGACUAACAAGUUUUAUAGACCAUUUGUUGAAGUUUCACACUUUUGGAAAAUCACGCUGGUGUGGUUCACCAGAUCCCACAGCUUCUCAGACCAGCUGUAUAUAGUUCAUUGCUUUCUUCUUUAACUUGUGCUGUUUAAAGGCAUUCAUGUUGGAAAUCUCUUGUGGCCUUAAGCCAAGUAGGCCAAAUUAUUAAACCUCGUGAAUGCAGCUUAGGUUGACAUGAAGUUCAUGUGGGCAAACUAACUUCUGUGUCAGGUUGAAUGAGGAAAAUAUUUGUAAGCACAUUGAAAAGUUUAUUUUAUUGGGUAUUUGAUAUGUUCACUAUAUCAGUUAUGCUGAGAUAAACUUCAUCUAGGACACUUUUUUUUGUUUCUAAAAUUGCUUUAUUUUACUUUUUUUAUUCUUGUAUGUUGCGAAUGGCUUUUGAUCUGCAUAUGCACUAGAUAUAUGCAAAUGAAAAUCUACUUUGGGUAUCCGUGACAAAAGUAUCCAUCAAGAUUGUGCAGAUUUCAUUCUCCAGAAGUUCCUUAUCGUGGUACAUGAUUUUAAAAUGUUGUCAUUGACAUUUACAAACUUUCCCCUUGCUGUCCUCUGUGUUCGUUUUUUUUGAGUGACACUGCCUUUGUAAUAACACUGAUAUCUCUGCAUCCUCUUCUACACAGUUGCAGAGGGAACAAUGCCAAAUAUAGUCAUCAAUUGUGAUUUUUUUAAUUUUCUGUCCCUUGAUCUAAUCUUAUGGUAUAAUUUGUGGGUCAUUUGACUAAUGGAUGUGAUUUCUGUCCCUCCCCCACACCUCUAUCCCCAUCCCACGCAGCAUCACUAAUUUUUCCAAACUAUAACAAGAAACAUUUCACUUCUUGUGGUCGCAGUUUUGAUCUGCUUAAGUUGCAGGUAUUUUUUCCCAUUUUGUAUUGAUCAGAAAAAUGUGCAACAGUUAAGCAAUUUAAACAAAUGUUUGUACUUGAUGUAAAAGAAUGUAGUUUUAAUUAUCGGUACAUGAUGAAUUAUAUUCUGAGUUAGAAAGGUACAUUUUGGUUCAAAAUAAGACUACUCAAAUGUUAUGCUAAUCUCAAGUACUAUUUAAGAAAUCACUUAAGCUGUGGUUUCAAUAAAGGGUUUAAUUGAAAAGGAACUUCAACCGUCUACUCUGCAACAUUAGUCAAAAAUGAAAUGGCCAAUAUAGAUAUGCCACUUCAUAAAAUAAUUGGGUAUCAAAAGGUACGAGAUGCAAUCCAGCUUGUUAUAAUAUUUAUUAUAAGGUUUGUGGGGUCUAUUUUUGCGUGGAUCAUUAAAAUGUAUUGCAGGUUUUCAGUUCAAUGUACAUUUUCCCGAACAAUUGAGAUGAUGUUUAUUAUUUGUGGUACCGUGUGUUCAUGGAUCACAGUGCUAUCCUUCAACAGUAUUAAUCUAGUGGAAGAUAUGAUGAAUGCUGGAUUUUUUUAAACAGUUGUCUGAGUGAUACUGUCACUACACAAAUUGCUCCAGGCUACUGGAUUUAAUAUUCAGUUCACUUGGCCUAUCUGUUUUUCAUAAAUUAUUAGU